GCUACGCGCAUGCGCUGUAUAUUGAGUUUAGCGCGCGGGACUACUCAAGGAAGUAAUCUGAAACUGAGUGCGCCUGUUAUCUCUGCUACACAGUGUUUAUAAUAUUUCAGAUAUUACUUUAUUAACUUAAAUACAACUUGCCAACAUGUGGAAUCAGGGAGGGUACAAUGACUCCAGUACGGUCGGGGGUUACACGCAGUCUCCAGGAGGCUUUGCAUCACCUGCCCUAUCCCAGGGAGGAGAAAAGAAAGGGAGAACCCGUGCCACACAGAUAAUCCCGUGCACAGUCUCUCAGUUGAUGUCUGCCUCCCAGGACGAUGAGGCCUUCAAAGUAGGAGAUGUGGAAGUUUCCCAGGUUACCAUUGUGGGUAUCAUCAGGAGCACAGACAAAUCCAUGACCAACAUCCAGUACAAGGUUGACGACAUGACAGGUGCUCCCAUGGAUGUGAAGCAGUGGGUCGACACAGAGGACCCCAGUGUGGACAGCACUGUCCUGCCUCCAGGCACGUAUGUCAAAGUCUCCGGCAAUAUGCGCUCCUUUCAGAAUCACAGAUCUGUCGUGGCAUUCAGUGUCAGGCCCCUGGAGGACAUGAAUGAAAUCACCUCACAUAUGCUGGAAGUUGUCCAAGCGCACCUGAUACUCAGCAAACCUCAGACCCAGCCGGGUGUCGGUGGAGGAGUGAACAGUAAGGUUGCGUCACUUUCUCGACCAGACACGGGAAGCACGGGAGGAAGCUAUGCAGGUGCUAACGACAUGACCACCAAUGGGUUAAGCGCAAACCAGAAUCAGGUGCUGAGUUUGAUAAGAGGCUGCCCAGAACCGCAGGGCAUCAGCAUCCAGGACCUGAAGCAGAGACUCAAUUCCAUUAGUAUGAUUGUCAUAAAGCAAGCAGUGGAAUUCCUAAGCAACGAAGGUCACAUCUUUUCCACCAUCGACGAAGAUCACUACAAAUCCACAGACAGUGAUGAUUAGACUCCUUCAGCUGUGGGCAUCAGUUCUUUGAGUUUAACCUGAUAUGUCCUUUAAUAUAGCACUCAAAGCUAUCCACUAAGUCACAAGUUCUCUGUUCAAUGUCGCAGAUCUGAGUGACAUCGUGUGAAUGCGUCUCUGUUAAGGGACUGUGGUCGGUGUUGGUAAAGAACAUGGUUUAGGUUUGGUGACACAUCCUGUAUUCCUGAAGUUGCUUCUGCUACUUUGCAAGUCCCAAAGGUGUUGCUUUUGAGACUGCUGUUGUUGGCAGUUAAUGUUGUUGUUCUGUAUUUCCCACCUUUCCAUUGUAAAACAUUUUGUAAUUUUAAAGAUUUGGAACACAAGUACUCCAAUUUUCUUUUUUUUGUCUGUGUAACUUACUUUUGCCAAAAUUAAAAUAUAAAAAAUGUACAAACAA